AGGUGUUAAAGAUGUCCAUGAACACCGAGACAGCUUAUCGGCACAGUGCUUCAGGGUGGAUGGAGACACAGAGUCUGGCCUGGCUGCUUUGCGGAGGUUCUGCCUCCUGAACAGUUUGCUGACAUCCUUCCCGAGGAUGGAGAGAGUCGUCGUUGUGGUAAGGGAGCGGGGAGCUUCUGGGGUGGGCCGUUGUGGAGAGGCACAGACUUUUCCAACCUUAGCUGUCUGAGUUUAGCUGUGAACCAGGGUUUGUCAUUGUCAUAAGACACCCUGGUGCGUGAUGGUACUCAGCAGUCCUCACAGAAGCUGAUGUAUGACGUCACAGCCUCUGUGAACUCAUCCAGACUGUUGGUAGCAGUCCUGAAAACAUCCCAGCCAGUGCAGUCCAAGCACACCUGAAGGUCCUCCAUAGCUUCACUGGUACACUGCUUUGAUAUCAGGUUUACAGAGCUUUCAUUUCUGCCUAUAUGCAGGAAUCAGGUGGACCAUGGCAUUGUUACAAAUUUGCAUUCACAAGGAGAAACAGUUGAACUACAUAUCAUAUCUUACCAUUUUUUGUCAAUUAUAGGGGGCAGUUAAGGUUUCUGUUUAGCAGAGCAGGUUCAUUUUUUAACCUUUUUUCUUAUUGGCCAAGUAUCCUCAGAUAAUGCAAAGCUAUUGGGGGUUGGGUCUGACUGUGUGUAUUUGAGCGUAUCCGCGAGGAGGGGGUUGGGUCAAGGCUAUGAAAUGUGGACAAAUCCCAAUGGGUAUGUGUGACAGUCAGAGAGAGGGGCACGCACAAAGAGAAAGUGAGCAGAGCAGACGAGAAGACAAGUUAGAAGAGGUGGAGGAAAGAGAAGGGAAAUAGUCAGAAAGAGACUUGUUUGUGGACUUCUGUGUGAAAGAAGAGAAGAAGAAAUGAAGGACUUGGUGGAGUCAGUAGAACUCGGGGUUUCUCAGCAGAAAGGAGUUAAUGUAACUCGACCCAAAGUUUGGCUAAAGAAUGAAUUUGUUCGUGUGGGACUUGCUGAAUCCCUCUGCACAUAUGUCAUGAUGGUGUUUGGCUUGGGGUCUGUGGCCCAGGUGGUGACAGGACAGGGAGCGUUCGGACAGUACCUCAGCAUCAACCUGGGUUUUGGACUGGGUGUUGCUAUGGGGGUUCAUGUUGGAGGGAAAGUCUCAGGGGCUCAUAUGAAUGCAGCAGUGUCACUCACAAUGUGCGCAUUUGGCCGCCUUGCGUGGAAGAUGCUGCCUCUGUAUGUUUUUGCACAGCUAUUGGGGUCAUUUCUGGCAGCAGGGACAAUUUAUGCUGUCUAUUAUGAAGCCAUAUAUGACUAUUGUGGAGGAAACCUGACUGUAACUGGUGUAAAGGCCACAGCUGGUAUCUUUGCCACCUAUCCUGCACCGUACCUCUCCUUACUGGCUGGAUUCAUUGACCAGGUGUUCGGCACAGCUAUGCUGCUGCUGUGCCUGAUGGCUCUGUCCGACCAGAAGAACAAACCGGCCGCCGCAGGUAGCGAGCCUGUCGCAGUGGGUCUCCUGGUGCUGCUCAUUGGCAUUUCUCUGGGCAGCAACAGCGGCUAUGCUAUCAACCCCACCAGAGACAUCGCACCCAGGGUCUUCACUGCCAUAGCAGGCUGGGGGGCUGACGUGUUCAGGUCUGCAAAUGGGUGGUGGUGGGUGCCUCUAGUUGCCCCUCCCAUUGGAGGUGUAUUGGGUGCGGGGCUCUACAAGGCCUUGGUGGAAAUGCACCACCCUCCCCUCUCUGAACAGGGUGAGGGGCUGGUGGAGGAGGAGACUGCCCCUCUAGGGAAACAGGACAACAUCGAUGCUAAUGUAUGUGUUUGAGAUCUCCAGCUAUGUACAGUGUAUCCCUUUUAAAGCUAUGUGGGUAUCUGUAGUUGAAACAUUCCGUGUUGAUGAAGGGUUAAAAAAUAGACCAAAAACAAAUUGCUUUGAUGGGGGACAGAAGGACUUUCAUAAGACUGGCUCAAAUAGGGUUUUGAAAAACUCAAGCAACUUUAAAUUGAUGAGUCUGUUUUAUGUAAUUAAUUUCAUCAUCAACUUUAGUUACUCAACUACAGUUUCUGUGCUCGUGAGUGACUGCAACAAAUAUAAAAUACACAUUAUUAGAUAUUUUGAAAGGUGAUGCUGACAUCUAUGGCUAUUGUUCCUAUCCAUGCUAGUUGUAUCAACUACAUUAAAGGACAAAAGGUUGAAAACUAAGAGCCAUUUUUAUGCAUGGGAGAUGAAAAAAAAAACCCCACACUCACUGGCUUAUAUUUUAUGUUAAUAUGAGGCAAUAGCAGCUGAUAUUGGAAGACACCAUAAAUAUCAUUCAUUAUAACAAUCAACAGGAGACCACUAACAUGAGCUUGGAAACUACAGUAUAUGUAAA